AGUGUCAACUUGAUAUCAACACAACCAGGAAGACUAUUUUGUAAACAUAUUUGAGUGAAAUUGUGCAUUGUCACAUUCAUGCAAAAAUGGAUUUGCUUACUCUGGUUUUGUUGGUGUGCAUUUACCAAACAACGGCUGACAACGGAUUCUCCGUUCAGGUCAGAGCGUCGAUUAAAUCUAUAAUACCAGGAAAAAACUUUUCCAUUGAUUGUAAUAUUUUUGUAAUGAACGACAUUGAUUACCUGGAACUUAAAGGAGAAUUUAUUUUGAGACAAAACCAUAACAUCAUAAGACCGAUAAAAGUGAUAAUAGGGGACACAACAAAUGCAACCAAAAAGUAUAAAUGGACAUCAAUCUACAAUUGCACUGAUCAGUCACAAAACAGAACUUGUAUGACCUUGAGGUUAGAGGUCUUUAACACCAGUCUUUCGGAUGAGGGAAUAUAUUCGUGUUAUGUGACUCUCCACUCGCAGACAAAACAGGAAAGUGUAAAUUUAUAUACAAAUAAAACAGAAAACCUUUCGAAUUAUGUCAUUGUGCGACAAACUGAAGCUCCAGUGAGCUUAAUUCCACAUCAUUGUUGUAAAUAUGGCUUCGGUGUUUUUGAGGAAGAGUCACUUUUGAAUCGUAUCCAACUUCGCCCAAACGAAUCUGCGUAUUACCCUCUAUCUAAAGCAUUUUAUACAAACAAAGGAUGCACUAACAUAUUCAACCCAUGGGUUUCUUUUGAGGGUUGUUACAACUAUACUAUGGAUGAACCCGAGGAAAUGGAUUGUACAAACAUCAGUGUAACAAAAUGUUUUACUGGGAAUCGCUCUCUUCCCUUAAUUGGAAUCACGAAGAAUGAAAGAUGUAUAUUAUUGGAUCAAAGUCUUCAUGAUCUAGCUGAAAAAGUUUCAUAUUACUACUGCAGAAAAGAGAAUACGGAUUCGGGCAAAUAUAUAAAAUUGUUCUCAAUUAUUGACAGUACACGUAUUCCAACUUUCAUUGCAAAGAAUGAGUCAUCUUGCAAUGCGACUUACAUAGAGUUGGACAAAAAUAAGCUAUGGGGAUUUCCAUGUUCAGAUAGUCAACGCUGUAGUGCAUUUUGCCUUCAACAAGAUGGAUCCAAUGCUACCUACCACGGAUACAUCCGUUGGAAAGAAGCCACGGACACCUGUAACCGUCUUAACAAAUCACUACCUGGCAUUAACUCCAAUUUCCUCAAUACAACGCUUGACAAAAAUAACAAUACUCUUAUCUGUCUGGCUGUAUACCAAACCUCAUCCAUUGUGUUUCGGCCAGUUAUCAAGCAAGUAACUAACAUCAAUAGUGUUACAGCUGUCCAACCAAGAAACAGUGCUCGAAAUCUUCCCUUUUUAUGCCUGGUCAUAACAGAUUCAGAAAAGCCACGUCCUUGUGUCAGCACUUCAGAAACGGAGAAUAAGGAUACCGGGGUACUAACUAAGACAAAUAGACCUUUGGAUCAAAGAAAUAUCAAACAGAUAAUCAUCAUAGCACCUUCCGCCGUUGGUUUCCUGUUGAUAGUCGUUGUUGUUUCUUGUGUCAUCCAUAGAAUUAAAAAGAAGGGUAAAAUUCAAAGAGAUCAACAAAUUAUAAACACCGGUGUUCUGUACAAAAAACACAUAUAUUCACACAAAGUUGAUACAGAAGAAGCAGAGCCCGUAUCAGAAAACAUUAAGAGGGAACCAGACAAUAAUAUCGACCAGUUUGAGGAGGACUAUUCAAAGCUUCAUUCAGCUGACAAAAACGAAUUCAAUAAAAUGUAUUUAGACGAUGAAUACGCAAUGACUGAAGGGGGGUGUGAAUAUGAUGUCUUAAAUAGUAAAAGGGAAAACCAGGAAGCUUCAGCCGAUGCCAAUAUUUAUGACAGGACAAAUAAUUCAGUCAGUGGGAUUUAUGAUACUACUUUACAGACACCAGAUAACGAUACUUACAACUUAUAAAUUUGUCCAUGUAUUUGAUAGUUCAACUGAGUGUACAUGCAAUGUUACUUAAUGGGUGAUUAUCUUUUUCAUGAAAUUAUUAUAUAAAAUGGCGAGACAUGCUGUUAGCUUUUUAUAUUGACUUUAUGUCGGAUAUUUUUUUGUUUUCAAAUGAUACAGUAAAAGCUUCCGUUUUCUUUACAUAAAUACUUCUAUAGUUCAAUGGCUAUAUGGAAUAAUUUUUUAUUCCUUUUUUUACUACUUUUGUUUUUAAACCAUUUCAUUGUUAUUAUAUUUUGAAUAAAAACUAUAUAAUAAAUAAUUGUAAUAAAAUUGCCUUAAUUAGAUAAUGUGCGGUCUAUGAAGAGUAUUUAAGAAAAAUCACAUUGAUUCAGUUCAGUUCAUUUCAUUUAUUCGCUCAAAACCAUUUCAAACAUAUGGUACAUGAGGACAAAAAAUAACAUUAAAAUAUACAUAUAAAUUAUAAAUUGUUUGUAAACCAUUUCAUUGUUAUAUAUUUAAAAUAAAGACUAUAUAAUAAAUAAUAAAGAAAUCCGCGCAUGUUGGUAAUAUUGGCCUCAAUUAAUUAUACAAUUUGCGGUCUAUGAAGAGUAUUUAAGAAAAAUCACAUUGUUUGAAAUAGAACCAGGUCGGUUGGGGUGGAGUUGAAUUGAAUCAAAUUUCGGAAAUAUGGAAAUUGUUUGCCUUCUACUUAUAUCCUGUUUGCAAAGAUUAAGAACUUUAGAAAAAUUUAAUCCAAAGACAUUUACGAUAAUGAUUCUAAUUCUUAUAUGAAUGUUGCAUUAAACUCUGAUUGAUGUGAUUAUUUUUCCAAGUUUGUUUUUUAAAAUAUAAUAAUUUUUCAAUAAGUUGUCUAGUCUUAAUCUUUAAACUUUAGGCUAUUGAAACUAUUAAUGUAGAAGACAUUAUAAAAAGAAUGGAACCUCAUCGAAACAUAUCCUGGAUGUGAUUUGAGGGGCAUUCGAAAAGUAUAGCUUGAGGCUGAAGAAUAUCAUCGUUAUCACU